AUGAGCAAAAAAUCUAUAGAUGAAGUUUUCUCUAAACCAGGGUUGAAACUCAUGAACCAUGUGGUAGCAGGCUAUCCUAAUCCAAAAAUGUGCUUGGAUUGCCUCCAAGCAAUGGAAGCCAAUGGCACGGAUAUGGUUGAAAUUCAAAUUCCUUUUACUGAUCCAAUGGCAGAUGGUCCCACUAUAGUUAAAGCCAACCAUGAUGCUCUUUCCAGCGGAAUGAAUGUCAAAAAAACUUUUGAAUGGAUAAAGGAAGCUAAGGGAAAAACUCAAUUACCUCUUCUUAUCAUGACCUAUUACAACAUUCCCUAUCAAAUGGGCUUAAAGGAAUUUUUCCGCCGUGCUGUGGAUUGCGGGGUGAGUGGGAUUAUCAUUCCAGACAUUCCCUUUGAUGAAGCCCAUGAACAUUAUCCAGAUAAAAUAUCUUCAUUUGACCUUCAUCCCAUCCUGGUUGUCUCUCCAACCACAACAGUUGAACGAUUACAAAAAAUCAAUCGAUGGGGUAAAGGAUUUGUCUACACUACCUUAAAAGCUGGGGUCACCGGAACUAAGAAAUUGAUUGACGAUUCGAGUAUUCGUUUCCUGAAGCAAUUAAGGAAUUUCUUCUCCAUCCCCAUUGCUGCUGGUUUUGGUAUUCAUUCCCCUGAACAAGCGAAGGAAUUAUCGGACAAAGUAGACAUGGUAGUCAUUGGCAGCAAGGUUAUUCAAAUUCUUGAUUCCAAAAAAGACCCUCUGUCAUUCAUUGCCGAAUUUAUUCGAUCUUGUAAGUCUGAUUAA